AUGGAGUGCAUUUUUCGCGACUGCGUCGCGCCCGCCGUCCCGUUCACGACCAAGUGCCAGUACCACCGCAACCGCGCCAAGUGCCGCGUCGCGGGCUGCUGCAACCAAGUGUACGCACGGCACCUCUGCGUCUCGCACGGCGGCCGGCGGCGCUGCCAGUUUCCAGAGUGCCGCGCCAACGCGCGCCUAGGCCUCUUUUGCACGCAGCACGGCGGCAAGAAGCAGCGCUGCCAAGAGCAGGGUUGCACGAGCCUCGCGCACGCGAAAGGCAAGUGUGUGCGCCACGGCGGCCGCCGACCUUGCAGCGCCGACGGCUGCCUCACCCACGCGCGGAAAGGCGGCUACUGCUGGCGCCAUCGCGACCUCUCCGCGUCGAGUGUUGGCACACCGCCGGCGACCGCCGACUCGUUUGCACCGUGGAGCCUCCUCGACGGACCACCGUCGACCGAGAUUGACGGCCUCGACUAUGCAAUCCUGCAGACGCUGCUGGUGAGCCCCGACGCGACACCAGCACUGCACGUGCCCAAUUAG